AUGUCUGAGACUUUCGAGUUCCAGGCUGAGAUCUCUCAGCUUCUCUCUCUUAUCAUCAACACCGUCUACUCCAACAAGGAGAUCUUCCUCCGAGAGCUUGUCUCCAACGCCUCCGAUGCCCUAGACAAGAUCCGAUACAAGUCCCUUGCGGACCCUAGCCAGCUUGAGUCUGGCAAGGACCUCCGAAUCGACAUCAUCCCCGACAAGGCCAACAAGACCCUUACCAUCCGGGAUACCGGUAUUGGUAUGACCAAGGCUGACCUUGUCAACAACCUGGGUACGAUCGCCCGCUCCGGUACCAAGCAGUUCAUGGAGGCCCUCACUGCCGGUGCCGAUGUUUCCAUGAUUGGUCAGUUCGGUGUCGGUUUCUACUCCGCCUACCUUGUUGCCGACCGUGUCACCGUCAUCUCCAAGAACAACGAUGACGAGCAGUACAUCUGGGAGUCCAGCGCUGGUGGUACUUUCUCUAUCACCGAGGACACCGACAGCGAGCAGCUCGGCCGCGGUACCUCCAUCAUCCUCCACCUCAAGGAGGAGCAGACCGACUACCUGAACGAGAGCAAGAUCAAGGAGGUCAUCAAGAAGCACUCCGAGUUCAUCUCUUACCCCAUCUACCUCCACGUCGAGAAGGAGACCGAGAAGGAGGUCCCCGAUGAGGAGGCCGAGGAGGUCACCGAGGAGGGUGAUGACAAGAAGCCCAAGAUCGAGGAGGUCGAUGAUGAUGAGGAGGAGAAGAAGCCCAAGACCAAGAAGAUCAAGGAGACCAAGAUCGAGGAGGAGGAGCUCAACAAGCAGAAGCCCAUCUGGACUCGCAACCCUCAGGACAUCUCCCAAGAGGAGUAUGCUUCCUUCUACAAGUCCCUCUCCAACGACUGGGAGGACCACCUUGCUGUCAAGCACUUCUCCGUUGAGGGUCAGCUCGAGUUCCGUGCCAUCCUCUUCGUUCCCAAGCGCGCUCCCUUUGAUCUCUUUGAGACCAAGAAGACCAAGAACAACAUCAAGCUCUACGUCCGCCGUGUCUUCAUCACCGACGAUGCUACCGACCUCAUCCCUGAGUGGCUCGGCUUCGUCAAGGGUGUUGUCGACUCUGAGGAUCUCCCCCUCAACCUGUCUCGUGAGACUCUCCAGCAGAACAAGAUCAUGAAGGUCAUCAAGAAGAACAUCGUCAAGAAGUCUCUUGAGCUCUUCCAGGAGAUCGCCGAGGACAAGGAGCAGUUCGACAAGUUCUACAGCGCCUUUUCCAAGAACCUCAAGCUUGGUAUCCACGAGGACUCCCAGAACCGAUCCAUCCUUGCCAAGCUCCUCCGAUUCAACUCCACCAAGUCUGGUGAUGAGCUUACCUCCCUCACCGACUACGUCACUCGCAUGCCCGAGCACCAGAACAACAUGUACUACAUCACUGGCGAGUCCAUCAACGCUGUUUCCAAGUCUCCCUUCCUUGACGCUCUCCGCGAGAAGGGCUUCGAGGUUCUGUUCCUCGUUGACCCCAUUGAUGAGUACGCCAUGACUCAGCUCAAGGAGUUCGAGGGCAAGAAGCUUGUCGACAUCACCAAGGACUUUGAGCUCGAGGAGACCGAGGAGGAGAAGAAGGCCCGUGAGGAGGAGGAGAAGGAGUACGAGAACCUUGCCAAGUCUCUCAAGAACGUCCUCGGCGACAAGGUCGAGAAGGUUGUCGUCUCUCACAAGCUCGGCUCCUCUCCUUGCGCUAUCCGAACUGGUCAGUUCGGUUGGUCCGCCAACAUGGAGCGUAUCAUGAAGGCUCAGGCCCUCCGUGACACCUCCAUGUCCAGCUACAUGUCCUCCAAGAAGACUUUCGAGAUCUCUCCCAAGUCUGCUAUCGUCCAGGAGCUCAAGAAGAAGGUUGAGAACGACGGUGAGAAUGACCGCACUGUCAAGUCCAUCGUUCAGCUCCUCUUCGAGACCUCUCUCCUUGUCUCUGGCUUCACCAUUGAGGAGCCUGCUGGUUUCGCCGACCGCAUCCACAAGCUUGUCCAGCUCGGCCUCAACAUUGAGGAGGAUGACUCCGCUCCUGCUGAUGCUGAUGCUACCGACGCCCCUGUCGCUGCCGCCGCGGGUGACAGCGCCAUGGAGGAGGUCGACUAA